GACACGCAUGUCACAUAUUGCCGCAUAGUGAGCGGUCCUUCCUUUCUUUUUCUUCGCUUACUAGACAUACGUUAGGUUUAUUUUUAACAUGUCUCCGGAAGUAACUAUAGAAAAGUUUCAACUGCUAGGUCUAAGUGAACAAAAGGCCAAAGAAACAUUUAAAAAUGUGAACGUUACAAAGUUCUUACUCGCCGGUAUUAAUGAGGUCAGCGUAGAAAAGUUGCCAGCAGGGGCGGGCAUGUUAAUCUACCACCUGGCUACUAAGAUUAAGCCUCAAAUUGCAAACCAGCUGCCGUUUGUGUGUAAAUAUAUUGAGAGCGGAAAGCUGGAUUCAACGCUGCGAGUGGACGCUGCUUUGGAGUACUUACUUAGUCAUGUUGGCGAGGCUAGCAUUGAUAAUGCCGCAUUUGAAAAAGCCUGUGGGGUCGGAGUGGUGGUUACCCCGGAGCAGGUGGAGCAGGCCGUUGAGAAACAUAUGGCCAAAUACAAAGAGGAACUGAUUCAGAAAAGAUAUAGGUUCAAUUCUGGCAUUGUGAUGCAAGCUGUGAGAGCUGACUUGCCAUGGGCUGACGGUAAAGCUAUUAAGAAUGAAGUUGAUGUGCAGAUUUUAGAUUUACUAGGACCCAAAACUGAAGCAGACUUGGCACCGGCACCAAAACCUGAGAAGAAAGCCAAAGGCUCAGAGGCAGGAAAGAAGCCAAUCAAAGAUGCUAAAGCGUCUGCCAAACCAGAAAAGUCUGAAGCAGCAGGCGAUGCCACCGGACCAGUUUCCAUCCAUGACCUCAUGAAAAAGCUCCCCUUCCAUGCGCCGGGCGAAAACUACAAGUCCGAUGGCUACGUCGUCACUCCAGAUACCAAGCGCCUUCUUCAAGAGCAUCUAAAAAUUACUGGAGGAAAAGUUAGAACCAGGUUCCCCCCUGAGCCAAAUGGCAUCCUCCAUAUUGGGCAUGCGAAGGCUAUUAAUAUUAAUUUUGGAUAUGCUGCGGCCCAUGAUGGCGUGUGUUUCUUGAGGUAUGAUGACACCAACCCGGAGAAAGAGGAGGAGAAAUUCUUUGUGGGUAUCAAGGAUAUGGUUGAGUGGCUUGGCUACAAGCCAUACAAGAUCACCCAUUCGUCAGACAACUUCGACCAGCUGUACGAAUGGGCGGUGCAGCUUAUCAAGAAGGACCUGGCCUAUGUGUGCCACCAAAAGUCCGAGGAGAUCAAAGGCUUCAACCCUCCGCCUUCACCUUACAGGACCAGGCCUAUUGAGGAGAGCUUACAACUCUUUGAGGACAUGAAGAACGGUAAAAUCGACGAAGGCGAAGCGACCCUCAGAAUGAAGAUCACCCUAGAGGAAGGCAAGCAAGACCCUGUGGCGUACCGGAUAAAGUUCAAGCCGCACCACCGCACCGGCAGCAAGUGGUGCGUCUACCCCACGUACGACUACACGCACUGUCUGUGCGACAGCAUCGAACACAUCACACACUCUCUGUGCACUAAGGAGUUCCAAUCAAGGAGAUCAUCAUACUACUGGCUGUGCAACGCGCUGGGAAUCUACUGCCCCGUGCAAUGGGAGUACGGGCGGCUCAACGUCAACUACACUGUCGUCUCCAAGCGGAAGAUAGCCAAGCUUAUAGACGAGGGGAUUGUUAACGACUGGGACGACCCACGCCUGUACACACUGACGGCGCUGCGUCGUCGCGGCGUGCCGGCGGCGGCCAUCAACAGCUUCUGCGCCGGACUCGGCGUCACCGGCGCGCUCGGCGCCGUCGACCCCACCAUGCUGGACGCGGCCGUGCGGGACGCGCUCAACGCGUCCGCGCCCAGAGUGAUGGUAGUCCUGGAGCCACUAAAGAUCACCAUCACCAACUUCCCGAGCGACAAGCCCAUCCCCGUCUCAGUGCCCAACUUCCCGAACGAACCAGAAAAGGGCUCUCACACUGUCGUAUUCGACCGAGUCCUGUACAUCGAGGCCUCAGACUUCAAGGAGGCUCCGGAGAAGGGGUACCGCCGUCUGACACCCACACAGACUGUCGGACUGAGGCACGCCGGAUACGUUAUCAAGGUAUCCAAGGUGAUCCACGACGCUUCAGGCAAAGCCAUAGAAGUGCAGUGCUCCGCCGAGCCGGCAGACUCAGCCGAGAAGCCCAAAGCCUUCAUCCACUGGGUAUCCGAGCCUGUCGCCGUUGAAGUGCGCCUGUAUGAGCCACUGUUCAAACACAAGAACCCGGAGGACCCAAGCGAGGUGCCUGGCGGGUUUCUCUCGGACUGCCGCUCGGACACGCUGAAGGUCGUAAAAGCGCUCGCAGACGGCUCCAUACGGAGUGCCAAAGUAUACGACAAGUUCCAGUUUGAGAGGAUCGGCUUCUUCUCCGUAGACCCUGAUACUAACUCUAAUAAUGUAAGUAGCUAGCUUUAGUAUAGGUCUCC